CAAAAAGGAAGAAAGGAGGAAAAAAAAAAGAAAAUAGAAGAAAAUAAAAGGAAAGGAAAGCGCUCGCUCGCUCUCCAGAAUAACAAAAUACCUGAUCGUGAUAAAAUAACAUCCUCCAGCUAAAAUCAAGCAGGGACUUGACACACCAAAAAGGAGAAGCGAGGAGGAGGAGAAGCGAGGCAGGGCGCGGGGAAGGCGACGCGGAGCCGCGACCGCUGGCAGGGCAGGCGAGCAGCAUGGCCAGCGCCGGGGCACGGACGGCCGAGCGCUGCCGGCAGCCCCCCGCCUCCCUCCCCGGCCCGUCGCCGCCGCCGCCAGCGCCCACGCCGCAAGAAGUUGAGAGCGGCAGCACCGGCAGCGCUAAGGUAAGCGGCUGCGCUCCGUUCCGCAGGAUGCUGCUGCUGCUGCUGGCCUUCCUAGCCUCCGCGCUGGAUUCGGCGGCGGCGUACGGCACGGCGGAGACCCUGUGCGGCGGGGAGCUGGUGGACACGCUGCAGUUCGUCUGUGGGGACCGGGGAUUCUACUUCAGUAGACCGGUGGGGCGAAAUAACCGGCGGAUCAACCGGGGAAUCGUGGAGGAGUGCUGCUUCCGGAGCUGCGACCUGGCUCUGCUGGAAACCUACUGCGCCAAGUCCGUCAAGUCGGAGCGCGACCUCUCCGCCACCUCCUUGGCAGGUCUGCCAGCGCUCAGCAAGGAGAGCUUCCAGAAGCCCUCUCACGCCAAGUACUCCAAGUACGACGUGUGGCAGAAGAAGAGCUCGCAGCGGCUGCAGCGGGAGGUGCCCGGCAUCCUGCGGGCUCGCCAGUACCGGUGGCAGGCGGAGGGGCUGCAAGCGGCCGAGGAAGCCAAGGCUCUGCACCGUCCCCUCAUCUCCCUGCCCAGCCAGCGGCCCCCGGCAGCGAGAGCCUCCCCGGAAACGGCCGGCCCCCAAAAAUGAACCCUGAGCGGCCGUCUCGAUUUUUGAUCUCCCGGGGGAGGGCCGGAGGACUGGCACAACCCGACCCCCGAGCCCCUCCGUCCCUGGGGCCGCCGAGCCGAGAAGCGGGGCGAUGGGGGUGGGGGGUAACCCUCACGCCGCUCCGGCCCCAACCAAACAACUGACACAGCAAGAAGGGGAUGGCGGCGGCGGCGGCGGCGGCACCGAGCAGCGUCGCUCCCGCGGCAUCAUCCUUUCGGGGUGGGGGGGGAGGGUUGUUUCAUUUUGUUGUUUUCCCCAGGCCUAUUUGGUGCCCCCAGCAUUUCCAAGCCUGUACUUGCAAAAGGGACAGUUUGGCACUUGGACUUCAUUUUUUUGCUGCCGGGCACUGCGCGACAUCCCCCCUCCCCGGGUGCCAACGCCCGAAGACA